AUGGUCAAGGCGAAGAAGUUGUUACUCAAGUAUGCCGAUGUAUUCUCAUCAAACGAUGCUGACAUAGGAAAGACUGGCUUAGUUCAACACAAAAUAAACACAGGAGAAGAAUUGCCUAUCCGUCAGCGGCCAAGAAGAUUGCCGGUAGCACGUGAAAAGGAAGUGGAAACCAUGAUUGAGGGAAUGGUGAAGGGUGGUGUUAUUGAACCUUCAUCUUGUCCAUGGUGUUCAACCGUGGUGCUGGUAAAGAAGAAGGAUUGCAGCAUGCGGUUCUGUGUUGAUUACCGCCGUCUGAACGACGUUACAAAGAAGGACAGCUAUCCCUUGCCAAGAAUUGAUGACACGCUGGACAUGCUUAGAGGAGUUGUGCGAUUGACGUUAAGCAAGGUGUUUUGA